UGGUGCACACCAGGAAUUAAAAACAACUUCCUCAUCCUGGUUUUGGAAUUAGGAUUACAUUAUUAUGAUGAUAAUUGUGUUUAAUCUCCCGAGUCUCAGAUUGUUUCAGACCCUGAGCUUAACUCAUCCAUCAUCUCUUCCUAGACAAGGCAGCGAGGUUUCCCUCUGACAUGAAGUUACCAUCACUGGACCGAGCUCCAGGAAGGUCUUCGUGGACUUCCUCUGGACAGUUUCAUGAGAGAAAUGACACAAUGUGCUGCAGAGUAGAUACAACAACCACGACCCUCAAAAAGGAAGCAGCAGCAUCACUUACUGAAGUGAAACCACAGAUUUGAUCAGAUUAAGGUCAGAAUAAUCUGCUGUUUUUGUCUCAUGUUGUAAAUAAUAAAUGUUCAUCAUGGUCUUUUCACUGAUGUUGAUUAUUUCCUGUCAUUUCCUCCUCCUCGUGAGGGGAGUCUCCAGGAAACGGGUGCUGAGAGUUCCCAUGACUGAAAUCACGCGGGUUCAAACCUCAAAAUGCCCGACGGCCGAAGGGAAGUUCUGGUGUCGCUGAUUACCACGAGGAGCUGUCGGUGCAAGCAGAAGUACAGCGAGUAUUUACUGGAUGUCAUAGACUUCCCUAUGAAGCAAAACAGAAAGCAGCAGAAUGAUCGUCCUUCUGGUUGGAAUCCUUUUGGCAUCUAAAGCCAGCUCCUCUCAAAUCAGCGGACAUGGAAGUUCAACAGUCGAAUUUGGAGGAAACGCGAGUUUCACCUGCACAGUUGCACCUACAGCAGGUGUGCUCCAGGUGACGUGGCAGAGGCCUUCAGGUGAAGCCAUAGAAAACUUAGCCACGUUCAGUAAACAGUUUGGAGAGCAGGUGAACGAGCCCUACAGAGGAAAGUUGAGCUUCACGGAGAAGUCUCUGAACUCGUCCUCCAUCACCUUAAGGAACGUGACAUGGGAGGAUGAAGGAUGCUACGUUUGUGCCUUCAACGUUUUUCCUGAAGGGUCCAAAAGGAAACAGUUUUGCCUGACGGUACAAGGAAUAUCCAAGGUGAGCACAAGCCACAUUCCCACCAACAGACCCAACACAGAAUUCAGACAGGAAGUGUUCAGCUGCUCAGCUACAGGAAAACCAGCUCCGUCCAUCAGCUGGGACGUCUCACCUGGAGCUGAGACUCCAACCGAACCACAGACGAGUACGGUCUCCAACGGCGACGGAACCGUGACCAGCAGCAGCAGCAUCACACUGGGAAUUGCUGCAGACUGGACGGGAACAGUGGACUGUCUGCUGAACAAGGAAAAGCGAGGAGGAAAACUGGAACGUGUCUUCUCCUACCGCAGAGAGGAGCAGAAAGAAAACAGGUAUCAUCACAUCUCAAUCAUCAUCACUUUAGUCAUGUUCAUCUCCUUGACCGUGGUAUCAGCUGUAGUGAUCCGACACAGGUUAAAGAAGAAACAAGAGCGCAGAGAUCUGAUUCCCUGACCAGACCCCGGUGUUCCUCACCACCUGUAAUGUUAAUAAGCCAAAGCUACAGCUAAAGCUGCUUUACUAGGAAACAGGAUGUUAGUAGUUUAUAAACUACAACCCAGAGCUUCGUGUUGUUAAACUACUGCUCGGCUUUUAAACCUGCAGCACUUUAACCUGGAGCCGGGGAGACUUUUGAAUGUAAAUAGAUCAGAGCUGGUAGAUUUAGCAGCCUGUGCUGCCACCUAGUGUCAACAAACAAAUAUUACACCAGACUCUGGAGCCUAAAGACUUAAAUUCUUAAUCUGAUAAAAAUUAGCUUUCUGAUUAAAACACAUACCUCAAAUAUUUUAGGUUCAAUGUUCCUUUUGGCACUCUUUUUGCACUUUAUCAUAAUUUAUUUGUUGUUCUGAUGCAGAUUUAUGUAAAAGAUUAUGGUGUUGUUCUAAUGUUGUAUUAACCUGUGGAUCUGUGCAUGCUAGAGUAUUUAUUAUCACAAGAAUUUAUUAGAGGUGAACUCAUCAAGUGGUCUGAAAUGUGUGGAAGGUUUUAGUAAGUAUUUAUGAUAGCAGAGUGGCAUGUGGACAAAUUAAAAGAUGUUUAAUUAUAAA